GUUGUAGGUUUAAGCCCCACAACCAAAAGAUAAAAUCUUAAAAAUAAAAAAAAAUUAAAAAAAAGGAAAGAUGGGCUCCAGGCCAGAUCUGGCCCACAGGUGGCUGUUUGCUGACCCAGUCCUAGUGGUUCUCAAGUGUGAUCUCAGGGCCCCUUUACAUUCUUAAAAGUUACUGGAGAUCCCGAACUAUCUUUACUAGUAGCAAUUGUGUUUGUGGGUAUGUAUCCUAUUAAAGCGAAAGGCCAAAGAAAUUUCAAAGUAUUUACUAAUAUUGCCUAUAGGAAUAGAAGUAAUCAACAUUUCGUAUGUUGACAUAAAUAACCUUUUAUUUUAAUGGAAAAUAACUGUGUUUUCCAAAACAAAAAAUUGGAAACGUGGUCUUGUUUUUCUGCGAAUAUCUCCAAUUCCUGAUUUGAAAGAAGAUGGCUUCUCCAUUUGGCCUGUGUGUGUGCAGCCUGUGGAAGACCCCGGCGUACCCUCAGAUACCGUCUUACCGUCAUGAUGGAACAGUUCUGACCUUCCUGUACCCUGGGGGUCCCUGGACCACAGGAGGACCUCUCUUCUAGCCUGGAGUCUUUCAGUCUUAGUGCUGUUGACAUUCGGGGCUGGACCAUUCUGUGCCAUGGGGCUGCCCUGUGGGCCGUAGGACCGCCAGCUGCCUCCCCACCGCUGGACACCCACAGCCCCAUUCCCCUACCCCCAUCCAGCAGUCAAAAGUCUCCAGACAUCCCCAGCUGUCUCCCGGUGGAGAUGCUGCCGUGUCUGGGUCCCCUCCUUCGGGAACAGGGAAGAGGAAGUGGAGGGCACAAGGUUUCCUUGGAGGGUGGGGGGAUUGCACAGAGGAGGAAAGGGAGAGUGGAUGUGGGCCAAGUCCCGCAGUCCGCCUCUUUUCCUGAUCCCCGGACAUGACUGGGGGCCCAUCCAUGUGUCGGAUGGCAUGGGCAGCCACGGGAAUACUGAAUGGGCGCCUCAGCAACAGACACUGAUUUCUCUCAGUUCUGGGGCUGGAGUCCAAGGUCGGGUGCAGGCAGAUUCGUGUCCGGGCUGCGGGGGCAGCUUGCUUGUCUCCUCAUGUGGCAGAGCACGUCCAGGGAUGUCUGUUCCUCUAGCGGCACCGAUCCCCUCGGAUUCGGACCCCAGCCUCAUGGCUUCUCUUCGUCUCUUUCUCCGUUUUUACUGAGACGUCAUCGACAUAGAGCGUUGUGUUCAGUUACCCCGGGACCAUCUGACGUGGGUAUGUUGUGACGCGGUCGCCAUGGUGAGUGCGGUUCACAUCUGUCAACUCACGUCGUCAGCCUUGUCCUUGCUGCAGUGAGAAUGUGUAAGCUUGUACCCAGCAGUUCCGAGCAGACAGCGCCAUCUCGGGAGCCCCAGCUGCCACGCCGCCUGUUAGAGCCCCUGUGUCUUCUAACUGAAGCUUGUGCCAACUUCAUCCAAACCCACCUCUGGACACCGGGGUGCUGAGUUAGAGCUCCGUGCGCUGCUGUCCCCGCAGGACUCACAGACCCCCAUGGAGGUCCUGUCUCCCCAGCCCGUGAAGCAGGAAGGCCUGACGGCCGAGGGCCUGACCCUGGACUCGCCGUGGCACCGCUUUCGCCACUUCCACCUGGGCGAUGCGCCGGGCCCCCGCGAGGCGCUGGGGCUGCUGCGCACCUUGUGCCGAGACUGGCUGCGGCCCGAGCUGCACACCAAGGAGCAGAUGCUGGAGCUGCUGGUGCUGGAGCAGUUCCUGAGCGCACUGCCCGCUGACGUCCAGGCCUGGGUGUGCAGCCGGCGGCCCCGGAGCGGGGAGGAGGCUGUGGCCCUGCUGGAGGAGCUCUGGGGACCAGCAGUGAGGGCACCUCAGGAUGUUACAGAAGGGUCUGGGGUGAGCACUGGAAAGGAUGAUGUUGGGAUGAUGCCCUUAGGAGAUGCGGCCCACGGGGUGGAGGUGCUGGCGACGGGGGACACCCAGGCCACGCGCCCCUACAAGCAGGAGCCGGGCAGCCCUCCACCGGCCCCCGCGGCGCCGCCCGCGCCGGGCCUGCCCCCCUUCCUGGCGGCGGCGGCGGUGGCCGCCCCGGGCACCACCUCCUGCCCUGAGUGCGGCAAGGCUGCCCUGAAACCCGCGCACCUGCUGCGCCACCGGCAGAGCCACUCGGCGGAGAAGCCACACGCCUGCCCCGAGUGCGGCAAGGCCUUCCGGCGCAAGGAGCACCUGCGGCGCCACCGCGGCACGCACCCCGGCGGCCCCGGGCCGGCCCUGCGCCCGCUGCCUGCGCGCGAGAAGCCGCAUGCCUGCUGCGAGUGCGGCAAGACCUUCUACUGGCGCGAGCACCUGGUGCGCCACCGCAAGACGCACUCGGGGGCGCGGCCGUUCGCCUGCUGGCAGUGCGGCAAGGGCUUCGGGCGCCGCGAGCACGUGCUGCGCCACCAGCGCAUCCACGGCCGCGCGGUGGGUGGCGCGGGCGCGGGCGCGGCGGUGGGCCCCGGCGGCGGGGGCCCCUUCCCAGCCUGGCCGCUGGGGUAGCAGCCGCCAUGCCCGCCGCCCAACCCCUACCGGCCUGCAGCCCCCUGCUCCUGCGCCGGCUCCAGUCGGAACCUUUGUUUUCUCGACUCCUGUCCCGGGCCACACGGCCCUAUCGGGUUGUCACGGCCUGCCAGGCUGUCCCACUCCGUGCAGGUGCGCCCACGAGUCCCUCCGCCCCCCCCCCCCCCCCGUCCUCUCCACCUGCCGUGUGGGGGCCCAGCAAGGCUGGCCUGAGCCCAAGAGAGGAGCGCGGGGCAGGGGGGGAGCGCGGGCCCCCCGAUCCAGAGGAGGCUGGAGGAAGGAGACGUCUUGUCCCUAGGAGACCCCUCCCCACGGGGUGAGGGUGGGAGGGGGAAGGGGUGAUGGUUCUGACAGGAUGGACUGGGCUCUGUUCGUGGGCUCCUUGGGCUCGCCCCUCUCUGCGGCUGGGAGGGCGCGUGAUGGACAGCGAUGCCCGCGGAGACCACAGUUUACGAACAGCAUUUGGAGAGUAAUAAAGUUACUGAUGAGAGGUG